AUGUCGACUCUCCUAUCCGAUACGCAUCCGUCGACUAACGUUCAGGGGUUCUACGCCUGGACCGACACUCUCAAGGGGGUCUAUUACGGACCCGGCAGCCUCCCCACCGCUCUGCCAAAGCUGCGCGCUGCGAUAGGGGGCACCAAGGCGCUCGUCGUCACUGGAAAGAGUCUCUUCAACAAGACCGACGUCGUCAAGAAAGUCGAAGCCGUCCUGCGCUCCGAGAACGCGUACGGUGCGACGUUCUACGAUAUCGGCGAGCACUCGCCCAUCGCGGGGAUCAGGGCGGGGAUCAAGGCGUACAAGGACGCAGGCGCGGAUUUCGUCGUCGCGGUCGGCGGGGGCUCGCCGGUCGACGCGACCAAGGCGAUCAUAUACAACCUGCAGCAGGAGUUUGGCGGGGCGUUCGCGCGGCAGAUCGCGAUCCCCACGACGCUGAGCGCUGCGGAAUACACGAUCGGAGCGGGAUUUACGAAUGAGGAGGGAGUCAAGGUCGCGGUGAGCUCCCCGGAGCUUGCACCGGCGGGCAUCAUCUUGGACGCUGAGCUCACACUUUCGACUCCUGAACGCCUCUGGCUCUCUACGGGCCUCCGUGCUCUGGACCAUGCGGUCGAGAACCUGUACCGUCCCUUGGUGACCCCGCCCAUCAAAGCACUUUGCUAUCAGGCCCUUCGUGACCUCUUCGAGAAUCUGCCCAAGUCCAAGGCGAACCCCCAGGACGUCGCCGUGCGACAGAAGUUGCAACUCGCGUCGUGGAUGAGUCUCUGGCCCAUGAAGCUCGAGAAAUACAGCGCGUUGGGCCUUUCGCACGCUCUGGGGCACAAACUCGGCGCAGCAUACGGUAUCCCCCACGGGAUCACAUCUUGCUUGACCCUCGCGCCUACCGUCCGCCUGAAGGCGCAGAUCGCCUCCGAGGAGGACAAAGAAUGGCUCUCCGGCGCGCUCUUCUAUCUCCGUCAGCCCUCCACCGGCUCCGUCGACGGCGAUAUCGUGAAGCUCGCUUCCCUCAUCGAAGAGCUGGUGGUUGGUCUUGGGUUGAAGUCGGAUCUUGACCAGUACAAGGUUCCACGUGGGGAUGUUCCCAAGAUCGCUGAAAAGGCUUUGGGUGGGCAGACGGAGAUCUUUGGGGACGUGGUUGAGCUGUUGAACGGGCUCUACCCCUGA